AUGGCGACGGCGGGGUCGCCGUCGACGGAGAAGGAGGAUGAGAGCGAAAAUUCUGGCUCCGUGGUGGUGGUGGUGGAGGACGACGAGGCUGUCGGCGGCGGCGGCGGCGGCAGCAGCCGUUGCAGGAUCUUCGGCUUUUCCUUCCACUGCGCCGGCGAUAUGCCGGGAGCGGCGAAGCACUCGCCGGAGGAGGAACCGCAGGCGCCUGUGACGCACCAGUUCUUUCCGGUGCCCGGCGAUCGACCUGUCGGGGGAGCGGGGGGCGCUGCCACGGCCGGCUUCCCACUUCCCCCGGGCCACCUGGUGAAAUUCUCUCAGGAGCCAGUUCUGGCGGCGGCGGCGGGGGGAGUGGCGAUGAAGAAGAGCCGCCGUGGUCCUCGGUCACGGAGCUCGCAGUACCGCGGGGUCACCUUCUACCGGAGGACCGGCCGCUGGGAAUCCCACAUCUGGUUCGUCUUUCUCUCACCAGAUUUGCCUCUUUCUGAGCGCCACGCCCUAAAUUUCCCAGGGAUUCCUGUUACUCGGAGAACAUUGGUUGAUUGAUUGAUUCUUCCCCAAAUUUUCGGCGCAGGGACUGCGGCAAGCAGGUUUAUCUCGGUAAUUCCCCUGCGAAUUCGAUGGGCAUUUCUCGAUCUUCAUCACCUCAUUCCUCGCCUUGGAUGAUCUCGACUACGACCGGUUCCCCUUCGAGUCGGAUGCUAUUUUCUCAGAUCCUUCCACCUUCUUAGCCAUCGGCGCCCCUAAAUUUGGCCUGGAAAUCUUAUCGAGCUUUUGUCUCUGCUUCCCCUAAUCCUCCAGCGAAAUGAAAUCGAGGGAAAUUUAGGAUUAGAUUUCUCUCGCUAAUCUUCCCAAUCGAGAAAAGUUUUGCAUCAUAUCGGUCAUUUUUUCCUCCGUUCUUCACCACUUCUGUAUUCAUUCGCUCUUAGAGCUGCUCUAAAUGUGGGGUGGUGGCCUGAUCGGAACCACCGUGUUCAUCGUACUCUUGCAGGUGGCUUCGACACCGCCCACGCCGCCGCCCGGUAAGAUUUCUCCGCCGCCGACGAUCGAUCUCGAGGGGUGUUGAAUCGGAUCACUCGGAUGGCUGAACUCCGAGUCUUUCUCUCUCCUCUCGCUGCAGCGCCUACGACAGGGCCGCCAUCAAGUUCAGGGGAGUGGACGCCGACAUCAACUUCAACCUUGAAGACUACGAGGAGGAUCUGCGACAGGUACAGUCGACCGCCCUCGAUCGGCUUCUGACGACGAACUGAACUGCACUGUUGGGGAAUCAAUCCGAGUGAAAACGCCGCUCGAUCGGUGACAGAUGGGGAAUCUCAGCAAGGAGGAGUUCGUCCACGUGCUGAGGCGACAGAGCACGGGCUUCCCCCGGGGGAGCUCCAAGUUCCGCGGCGUCACCCUUCACAAAUGUGGGAAGUGGGAGGCGAGGAUGGGCCAGUUCUUGGGGAAGAAGUAAGAAACAGCAGAAAACAACUCUCCCUUGGUUCUUCGGAUUCCUCUGAUUUUCCUGCAUUGAUUUCCCCUCGCUCCUCUGGAUCCCCCUUCAACAGGUACGUAUAUCUGGGCCUCUUCGACACGGAGGUGGAGGCCGCGAGGUACCUUCCCUCCUCCAUUUUUCUCUCUUUCCUCUUCCACCAAUCUUCGUCCUCUGCAAGACUUGCCAACUGGUUUUGCGCAGGGCCUACGACAAGGCGGCGAUCAAGUGCAAUGGCAGGGACGCCGUCACCAACUUUGACCUGUCUUCCUACGAGAAUGAGCUCAGUUCCGCGGGUCAACUUUUAUUCCAAUCGUUUUCUUCCUUUUUUGUUUUUUUUUCCUUCCAAAAUCUGAUCUUUUUGAUCCUUCCUGCAUUCGCGAUUGAUGUCUGCAGUCGGGGGGGAAGUCAACGAUCUCGAUCUCAGUCUGGGCGGCUCCGGCUCCAAGAGCAGCAGCAGUCUUUCGGAGGCGGAUAAUGGAGUCAGCGGCAGGGGGCCGACGACGAAGGUGGGCAGCACUUUGCCCAGAUUUCUCUGCCUCCAAGAGGAAAGCUUUUGACGUCUUCGUGGUCUUACUAGAUCUCUCUUUGCUAUCUCCAGCAUGAGCACGGCACAGGCUACUACUACUACGGCGAGCCGCCGCCGCCGCUGAAUCAGUUCAUCCUCCGGCCCUUCGGUCCCUCGGGCUUCCCUCAGGUGGGGGCGCCGCCGGUGUGGGGCAGCGAUCAGCAGCUGCAGCGUGGCCUGCAGGUGGCGGGCUACGGCGGCGCCGGCGGCGGUUCGCCUCAGCUGCUCGCCGCCCUUCUGCAGCAUCAUCAGGAUUCCCGCAGCAGAUCGUAAGACCUUUUUAGGCCCCGCUGCAGAAGAAAGAAUGGCUCUUUGAUCACCAUUCGAUGGAGCCCAUUUGACCCACCACCACCACCACCACCACCGCCGCCGCCGCCGCCGCCGCCGUUCUUCCUCUUCUUCCCUCGCUGUGAGGCGUCUGCAUCGACGCCAUUAAUUCCUCGCCCAGUUGUGCUCUUGCCUGGCCCCUCCCCCCCACCCACCCGUGGAGCCACUUCCGUCUGCACGAAGAAAAAGGCCCCAAGAUAGAGGAUCCGGCGUGGCCCUUCCUCCGCUCGCCUCUUCUCCUCCCAGCACUCUGUGGACCGGCCGAUCUUUUGACCUCUGAUACUCUUACUGUUCGCUGGUUGGCUCUGCGACUCACAGGAAUCUAG